AUGUUACAAGAGAGUAUAUUUUCACCAAGUGAAUGUUUAUCUAUACUAGCUGCUAUCAAUGAUACAAGUAAACAACUUGAAGUGUUAUAUAAUUCAAAUUUAAGUAGUAUAGUAUAUUUUCCUAAAAAUAAAAAAUCAAACACCUCACUUUGUUCACAUGCUAAUAGACAACAUUCAUCUAAAUCAUGCGAUACUCACAAUUUAUUAAAUAAUCAAGUUUUUAAUCUAAAAGAUGAAAAAAGUAAAAUAAAUUAUAUGGAAAUUAUUGAAAGGUUAAUGAAUUUAUUUAAAUCACUUGUUAAUGAAUUAAAUACUAAUGGAACUGUAAAUUGUUUAGAAAAAUAUUGUUAUCAACAACAACAAAAGUUAGAUGAAUUACAAACUUUUAUUAAUUCAAUUGAAAAGAAUGAAAAAUAUCUCAAUGAAUUGCAAGUUGACUUACAACAGUUACAGAUAAGUAUACAAAAUAAUACAAUUGAAUUUACAACUACCUUGACUUCAUUAAAACAUGAAUUACAAGAAUUAGUGGAAAUUUCAAAUAUGAUUAAACAAUAUAAACAAAAUGAUUAUGAUAUGAAGUUACAAAAAGAUUUAAAUGUUCAAUCUGACGAAAUUAAACAAUUAAAUGAUCAAUUAGACAAGGUCAAAUUACAAAUACAACAACAAAUUAGAAUAUCAGAAGAAACCAAUUCAUGGUUAUAUUUAUAUAUGGCAGAAUUAGAAAAUUUAUCUAGUUAUACAAUAAUUACUUAUCAAUCAAAUAAUAUGAUCAACAAAAUGAAUGAUAUGCUUAAUAAACUGGAAAAGAAUAAAGCUAUGCAUAUUGAAUUAGAACAACAGUAUACAGAAUAUGAAAAGAUACUUACAGAGGAUAAUCGUCAAAAAGAAGUUAAAUAUAUUCAUGAUGAAUAUACCAAAAAAUUUCUCACAUCAAUAUUACAAAUACAAUCAUGGUGGCGUACUAUGAUUGAAGUUCAUGGAAUAAAAAUUAGAAAACGUAAAGGUAAAAAGAAAAAGAAAUAA